AUGUACAACCACUUCUGCGCCGGCGAGAACCGACACGAGGUGACGUCGACGAUUGCGGAGAUCAAGCGGAUGGGGUUUCGAGGAGCAAUCCUCACCUAUGCUCGCGAGAUUGUGGUCGAUAAUACGACAGAAGAAGAAAGCGGCCGGGGAUUGAAGGAGAUGGAUUCCGCUUCAGAAAUCGGAUCAGACGCUGGGAUCGAGGCCUGGCGUGAGGGUGUCUUGGAAACGGCCGACAUGCUUAGCGAAGGAGACAUCUUGGCCCUCAAACUGACUGGUGCCGGUGCCGCCGUUUCGGAGGCGCUCACUUCAAGAAAGCCGCUCCCAGCGCAAAUGGAGUCAGCUCUCGCAGACGUGUGCUCUCGCGCAGUGGAGCGGGGAGCACGCAUCUUCAUGGACGCCGAACAGAUCUCAGUACAGCCGGGAAUCGACGCAGUAGCCAUAGACCUCAUGCGCCGCUUCAACACGAAGGGAAGAGGUGCCGUCGUCUUCAACACCUACCAAGCCUACCUGAAGAGCACACCGGACACCCUGGCCCAGCACGUGGCGCUAGCUCACAAUGACGACUUCGUCCUCGGUAUCAAACUGGUGCGGGGGGCGUAUAUCAGCUCGGAGCCAAGGCACAUGAUCAACGAUACCAAGCAAGCAACAGACGACUCUUAUGACUCUAUUGCACGGGAGCUCUUGUCGCAAGGAUAUAGAGAUUAUGGUGUGCCGGGUGGGAAGUCAUUCCCGAGCAUCGAGCUGUUCCUUGCAACACACAAUAAGAACAGCGUCCUAAAAGCCAACGAGCUGCAGCAAACUCGCGCCAAGGAAGGGAAGGCCUUGGUCAAGAUUCAGUACGGGCAGCUUCUGGGCAUGGCCGAUGAAGUCAGCUUCAGUCUGCUCCAGCUCGCAGACCAGAGCACCGAUGCAAAGAGCGCAGGAAGCGAUGCCCCUAUAGAGGUAUAUAAGUGCUUAAGCUGGGGCUCUCUUGGUGAUUGCACGUCAUAUCUUUUGCGGCGGGCGGUCGAGAACCGGGAUGCCGUAUUCCGUACAAAGUCGGAGUUCACUGCGUUGAAGAAAGAGUUGAGGAGGAGGCUUAGGACUUCCAAAUGA